AGAAAACAUGUGCUUAAAGAACUAACAAACAAAAAUUACCUAGUGCUUGUGCAGUAAAGCAGAAAAUAAAAUUGGCUAGAAAUCUUGUUGAAAUCCAGCAUUGCAGCAAACCUCCACAUAAAAACAAUUGCUGAGUCAUAAAAACAAGUGUGUUUAAAUGAUGGUAGCACAACACUGCUGUGCACUUAGAUUUGUGCACUUGCAGUGACUUGAUAAAAACAGCUGGAGAUAUGGGUCAGAACUAUUGCCUCUUACCUAAUAAAGCUAUUUCAGCAAUUCAGUAACAGUUUUUCUCACAACUGUGAAAAUUGAGGUGCCCUGCUAUAAUAACCUUUUUCUUUCUCACACUUCUCAUCAGCUCUUUCUUUCCUGGUGGUAUUUCUAAGUGCACAUGCAGGAUGUUGACGAGACCAUGUAUCACACAGAAAUCUUGAAAGAGUGCAGUGGCUUUUUGCCAGUGAGAACUAAAGCAUGACUAACAUCCCCGAAGUGAGUGGAUUUUUCCUUCCAUUUCCCUGAAAAACUUGCCAAAUUCCUGCAAAACGCAAAAUUUUUUUCUGAAGUUGUUGAAGCUCAUAUGAACAGAGAAGGAGAACCUUUUUUUUUUUUUAAGUCCUGCAAAGCUACCUGGUAUUUGAAAUGCUGAAGAGGAAGUUACGGUUUUGCCACAACUUGCGCUUUAAGCUUUUCUUGGGUCUAACUCUCAUUUUAGUAAUAAUUUCAGUUUUGAAAGUUAACCAGAAAGAAGACUUCCUGAAUCGGAGACAUCUGGAGCUAACAAAGGAAGAUCCUAUUAGCAAUGUUAACUGCACCAAGAUUAUUGAGGGGGAUAUAGAAGAAAUACAAAAGGUACAGCUUGAGGCAUUAUCAGUAUCGUUUAAGAAACGCCCCAGACUAACAAUAGAUGAUUAUAUUAACAUGACUGCAGACUGUGCCUCCUUCACCAAGACUAGGAAAUACAUUAUGGAGCCUCUCAGUAAUGAAGAAGCAGAAUUUCCAAUUGCUUACUCAAUAGUUGUUUAUCACAAAAUUGAGAUGCUUGAUAGACUUCUAAGAUCAAUCUACGCUCCACAGAAUUUUUACUGCAUUCAUGUAGACAAAAAGUCUCCAGAAUCCUUUUUUGCUGCUGUGAAGGGAAUAGUCUCAUGUUUUGAUAAUGUCUUUAUUUCCAGCCAGUUAGAAAGUGUGGUAUAUGCUUCAUGGAGCAGAGUGCAGGCGGACAUUAACUGCAUGAAAGAUCUCUACAGAAGAAGUUCAAACUGGAAAUACCUAAUAAACCUAUGUGGUAUGGACUUUCCUAUAAAGACAAACCAGGAAAUAGUAGAGAAAUUAAAAGCCCUUAAGGGUGAAAACAGCUUGGAAACAGAAAAAAUGCCAGUUUAUAAAGAAGUAAGGUGGAAAAAACACCAUGAGAUUGUUGAUGGUAAAAUAAAGAACACAGGCAUAGACAAACAGCUACCACCUCUCAGUACCCCAGUUUUUUCUGGCAGUGCUUAUUUUGUAGUUAGCAGAAGCUUUGUAGAAUAUGUACUAGAAAACAGCAAAAUACUUAAGUUCAUUGAGUGGGCGAAAGAUACUUACAGCCCAGAUGAGUACCUGUGGGCAACAAUUCAGAGAAUCCCUGAAGUCCCAGGCGCAUUUUCUUCCAGUGACAAGUAUGACGUUUCUGACAUGAAUGCACUGGCCAGAUUUGUCAAGUGGCAGUACUUUGAAGGUGAUGUGUCCAAAGGUGCACCCUACCCACCAUGCAGUGGAGUUCACAUUCGCUCUGUCUGUGUUUUUGGAGUAGGAGACUUGAACUGGAUGCUACGAAACCACCACUUAUUUGCUAAUAAGUUUGACACUGAUGUCGACCCUUUUGCGGUGAAGUGCUUGGAAGAGUAUUUGCGGCACAAAGCUCUGUAUCUGCAAAAGAACUGAAAUGUAUGCUCCUGUUAGGUAUUUAUACAAAGGUGCAAAUACCCUACUGCGACAUACUUUAACGUGCUACAGCAACGGUGGUGAUGCUGAUAAUGGGUAUAAUGACUCUUACCAUGUUGGUGUGGUGGUGCUCAUGCCCUGCCUUGUCCAUGGACAAGGGGGAGAAAAAGAAAUGUCUCAAGUAUGCCUUGUGGCAUACUGAGGCGUGGAGCUUUAGGUACAAAAUCAGACAGCAGUUUUUGGAAAGCCAACUAUUUGGAAUAUUUAUUAUGUAGAAGGCAUAAUUAAUGGACUUCCUUUGGCUAAAUUGUUUUAAGGCAUAGAAAAUGCAUAUUGUUCAUGGUUAUUCUCAUUUUUAUUUUUUUCCCAUGAAUGUAAUGCUAGCUGGAAGAGAUAGAUGAGGGGGUGGGGUAAAAAGCAGCUGGACUGCACUUCAUAUUAAGUACUGAAAGAUCUCAGGAAUAUAACAUUAGAAAUGAUCUAAAAGCUGUGCAAAAGGGGAUAUGCAAAGCCAGCUAUUACCAUUUUACUUAGAUCUGUUUGCUGCAGUUCUUUUACAUGGAAUUGUUAAUCCUCUUGAAAAUUUUGUCUUCAGCAUGGAGUAUUAAGGAAUUCAAAUCUUUAUUUUCUAUUCUUAAAGCACCCUGAUAUUGUGAUAUAUAUUGUGUAAGUACUUUAUACACUAGUUUGUAAUUACAUCUUCUCAGGGAAACUUAAGUUUUGUGCCUGAUGAGAUUUAGACUUGUAAUUUUACAUUUCUUACUGUAUGGGGAGUUUUGCUUUUGUAUCCAAAAUCACUCAAGCUUCUCAAAACUUAAAGAACUGCAGUAGUGUCUAAAUAUUACUGAUGGAACUGCUGGUUUCUGCUUUCUGUUAAGCUCAACUUGUAUUCCAGAUUAUUUUAACACUAAUUUUGGAAAAAAUAAAAUUAUUUUUUUAAAUUAUAUUGUCUCUUCCUACAAUUAGAAGUUGUAAAUUACAAAUAAAGUCCCUCUGAAAACAUCACAAUGAUGUAACUCCUAAUGAUAAAGGCCAAAGAUAUGUUUACUAUGGUUUUCCGUACAUGACUGAAGCUGCAGCUCCACAUUCAUUCAGUCUGUGCUUGUUUUGAUUUAACUGGUUCAUCUGAUUUUAAUUCCAGUUAGGCCCUUGCUUGCUUUAGCUGUUGCAGUGUGGCACAGAAGCUUGGGGAUGAAAGAAGAGGACACUGUGAAGGAUGAUGUUUCCUUCUGUAUCAAUUCAGGUUUGUCAGGCGUAGUUACUGCCAGAUGUCUCAAUCCUGAGAUGGCAGUGGAAUUCAAGCAUUAGCAAUGGGCGAAACAGACUAAAUUUUUUUAUUUGUGAACUGGUGCUGUAAUUGCAGGCUGUGUUUCUUACAAAAGCAGUUUGUUCUGAAGUUUCUCAGAAGAAACUUAGACAUACAGGACUGCUUACUGGUGAUCAUGCAAACAGCUAGGGAGUCAAGCCGUUUAAUCUGAAAUGGAGCCUGGUUUUAGCAAGCCCUCCCUUCAAAACCACCUGAAAGUUGAUCAGGGAGUUUUCAGAGACUUUCACAUUAGCACCUAAUUAAAGCCUGUGAGCAAAGGCAGUUGAGGGAAAUACCCCAUCUUCCCCACACUUUGGCUUGUCUCCAGGAAUGAUUUUGUAGACAGCUGUGCUUUUUCACCUUUGCAGAAGCUACAACAAACUUCACUGCAUAUAGUACUGAGAAUUUCCAGGAAGUCAUUUUUAGCAGAAAGCAGUUUUUAAGAAUUUGCACCUAAAGACAGUCUACAUGAAUAUCUUCUAUGAGGCCAGGACUUUAAGUCUUCAAAAAGACUGAAAAAGUGAAGAAAAAUAAUAAAAUAUUCUGUGCACCAGGUGGACUGCUGUCUCAGUUGCUUGAAAUCUACUUGACAGAGCAUUUUUACCCUACCUCUUUCAGUCUGAUUUGUACUUAGUCAUUUUUGUAAUACAAUGAAUGCCUGCUUGUAUUUAUGUUGUUAUUAAUAAUACUGCUGCUAUUGAUAGUGAGGAUGCUGCUUGAUGAGAUGCAUAAAUAUCAGCCAGUAUUACUAUUUAGAUGAAGUCAAGAGCAAUCCUGUGUAUGCUCACUCUAUCUUCUGUACAGAAGGAAAAGAGAGCAUUGCUGUAAAGCAUAUGUUUUUCCCUAAGGUAGGGAAGAAUUUUUUCUAGGUAAAGUGAACUACAAAAAAACCCACCUCUCCAAAGCUGACAAGAGAAGUGACCCUGCUCUGGUGGAAUUUAAAUGUUCUGGGAAGAUGUUUUCAUGGAAAGAACUCUAUUUCCUGAGCAAGUACAGAAUAUGCCAAAGGAAAUUACUGAAUUAAUUAAAGGAUAUUGCAAGUACACAUAAAGAAAAAACACUUUCACCAGCUGUAACAAGUAAAGAAAGCAAUCCAGUGUAAAUUAGUGUUGUCCACAAAAUCAGAUUUGUUACCUGGUGAGCAACAAGCCAAUAACCAUACAGCUGAGAGAGACACAUUGAUUGAAUGUGAUUCAUUUCACAUCUGUGCAAGCUUGGGUUCUCACAAUUCAAGCACACACCUCCAGACCCUCCCUGCUGUUACUUAUACACAGAAGUUCAGAGUUUAUUACUUCUCAAGUUGUCAUGGGGUACAGCCUCUCUAUUAUGCUUUCGUAGUAAUUUCCAUACAAGUGACAUAAUCCCAGCUAAUUUAUACACAUGCUCAGGGGAAGAGUCUUCACAUGGAUAGGAGUCUUUUUUUUCUACUUGUAGGCACAAUUUUUAGUAUUAAAAUGAACAUAGUUCAUAGUUCAGCUAUAGGAUACAUGGGCCUUGAGUAUUUUGCCAAGUUAGCAAUAUGUAAAUUAGACAUACAUCAAAAUCCUGUUUUACUACAUUCUUAAAGCUUGUUAGUUCCAGGUUGUGCUUGAGUAAGGUUGCUAACUGCUGUCUGUUCUACUGACGUAAAACAAAAGCUUGAUUUUCUACAUCCUUGAAGCUUGUUAGUCCACUAAAGGAUGCUGGCUGCUGUCUGUUCCUCUGGUUAGCUUUCCUUUCUUGCUAAUUAUACUUGAAAGUGCACAAAGACGUUGGAUCAGAGAAUAUCCUUAAAAUGACCUAAGAUAAUCUUGGCACAUUCCACAUUUUGCAGCAUUAUUAUUCUACGGAAUCUGCCAAGAAACUUAGCCAAAAUAAUCAUCAUUUUUAAAUCAAGUGCCUUUGUGGCACCAGUAAAACAAAUAAAAUCUAGACUAUAUUCCUUACUGAUGUUAGCAGUUCUUUUCAUAACUUGUUUCACUUUUCUACUAGAUAUUUAGAAAACUGGAGUAAAAAAGUCUAAUAUUAACAUAAGUGAACAUGAAAGAAAAAUGAUUCACCGAUACUGCACAACAAGCUAGUCUUGAUGCUGUGCUGAAGACGCUGGGCACUUGUCAGGAGUAACAAAACAUUAGUAAUUAAUUAAUUGAUAAGCCUUUCAACCAUACCUACUGAAUACAGUGAUGCUCUACUGCUGAUUUACUCUGAUCACUGUCAGGUUCCAAGUGAAGGAAGAAGGCAACAUACAGACCUGUGCUAAGAUGGACAGAGGAUAGAGCAGCAGGUAUCAAAGCUGUGAUGGUGGGUUCAGCUAUGGUGCUGCCCAAGUCACACACCCAGCUUACACCAGCCUUCCCACCAUGAUCCCGUCAUCCUGUGGGCUGCUAGGAGUGAAACUGGUUUGCAUUUUGCCUACUGAAUAAUAAUUUUUUUUU